GGUCUACCUCGUAUCUGGGACGACUUCCUCCCAGCGGCCCAUCAUCAAAGAGAAUGGCUGAUAAAUCAUGACGACUUGCACCGCCAGAUUUGGUCCGAUCGCAGCUGAUCCGACGCACGAUUAAUCAUCCUUCGAUUUCCGACAUCGUCAACGGCUUAGAAAUCAUGGUGGGGCGUUCGGAGGGAUGACUGGAGGCUUCUCCAUCUCCAGUAAUUAGUGGAUGGCAUCAUUCCACGAAUUAAUCAUCAACCGACGGCAAUGAGCGGGGUCUUCAGAGCCACGGCGGCGUAUAAUUACUGCCGGUUCCCUGGGUUGGCUUCGUCAAUUAACCCAAACUCUCUUCGUUGCUCUCGUCGCCUGUUUACCUACCAGCAUUCGCACUCCUCCACCAUGAGUCGCCCGGAUCUCACUCUUUACACCUCCCAGACCCCCAAUGGGAUCAAGAUCUCCAUUGCGCUGGAGGAAUUGGGACUUCCCUACAAGGUGGAGAAGAUUGAUAUCUCCAAGAACACCCAGAAAGAACCUUGGUUCCUCGAAAUUAACCCCAACGGCCGCAUCCCCGCCUUGACUGAUACCUUCACCGACGGCCAGAAGAUCCGCCUGUUCGAAUCCGGCAGCAUCCUGACCUACCUGGCGGAACAGUAUGACAAAGACUACAAGAUCUCUUACCCCAAGGGCACCCGUGAAUACUACGAAACCAUCAGCUGGCUGUACUUCCAGAACGCCGGCGUUGGUCCCAUGCAGGGUCAGGCAAACCACUUCUCGCGCUACGCCCCCGAGCGCAUCGAGUACGGCGUGAACCGGUACGUCAACGAGACCCGCCGCCUGUACAGCGUGCUGGACCAGCAUCUUUCGACUUCCAAGUCCGGCUACUUGGUCGGUGAUCACAUUACCAUUGCCGACAUCUCGCACUGGGGGUGGGUUGCGGCCGCCGGAUGGGCGGGCGUGGACAUUGAUGAGUUCCCCAACCUGAAGGCGUGGGAGGAGCGCCUGGCCGCUCGGGAGGGCGUCGAGAAGGGUCGCCAUGUGCCUUCGCCUCACACCGUCAAGGACCUCCUGAAGAACAAGGCGCAAAUGGAGAAGGCCGCCGCCGAAUCGCGGGCCUGGAUCCAGGAUAGCAUGAAGGCGGAUGCCAAGCACUAAGAGGCUCGUUGUAGCCCACCGAUAAAAUUUGACGCCGUGAUGUAUUAUGUCUUGAUAGUAUUAGUAUUAGCAGUAGUUUAUUUGGAAAUUGAACGUUGGUCUCG